GAAAGUUCCGAGAUGACGACGGUGUCCAUGGAAUCUGUCAAAGUCCUGGUUGAAAGGAGCGCCAAUGCCACCGAACCCCCUCAGAGCUCCCACGAGGACCCGGCCGCCACCGCCGCCAUCGGCACCAUUCUCUCUGUCAUGUUUCUUGUGGGAGUCUUGGGAAACAUCUACACCCUGGUGGUGAUGUGCCAUUCCAUGCGGAGCGCGGCCUCCAUGUACAUUUAUAUCAUAAACCUAGCUUUGGCGGAUCUGAUGUAUCUCCUCACCAUCCCCUUUGUAGUUUGCACACACUUCCUCAAGCGCUGGUACUUUGGGGACGUGGGCUGUCGGAUCCUCAUUAGCGUGGACUUUCUAACCAUGCACGCCAGCAUCUUCACGCUGACAGUCAUGAGCACCGAGCGCUACUUGGCAGUCCUCAAGCCAUUGGAUACGGUGAAGCGCUCGAAAAAGUACCGGAAAGCUAUCGCCGUGCUGGUUUGGGGCGCCUCUUUGAUUCUGACUUUACCAAUGAUCGUAAGCAUUCAGCUGACCGAGAUGGGCGGCAAGGCUAUGUGUCUUCCUACCUUGUCGGCCCUGUCCUACAAGAUUUACAUCACCUUCCUGUUUUGCACAAGCAUUGUUGCUCCGGGUCUGAUCAUUGGUUACCUCUACAUCCAGCUUGCUCGGACUUACUGGGUUUCGCAGACUGUGACCUUCAAAACGACCAAUAAGCUUCCUAAUCUGAAGGUUCUCUACCUGAUUUUCACCAUUGUGCUCCUGUUUUGGGCAUGUUUCUUGCCUUUUUGGAUCUGGCAACUCCUGGGUCAGUACCAUCCGUCACUGCCCCUGUCCUCCACGGCCAAGCGCAACAUCAAUUACCUGACAACAUGUCUGACGUACUCCAACAGCUGCAUAAACCCCUUCCUAUACACACUGCUUACCAAGAACUACAAGGACUACGUGAGGAAACACAACCGGUCGUGGUCGGCCGGGAGUUUUUUUGACAGGAGGGGGCGUUGGCAGCGCUCGCCGCGCAGGUCGCCGUCCGCGAGCAGUCAGCAGUGUACGGAGAGCUUCAUGCUCACGCACACGGCGUCCUUGCGUGCACAUAACAGCAGCUUGUGA